AUGUCAGGGCUGCAGGCGGGUGCGGAGCGGCGGCGUGAGGCGCCGAGCGCGCCGGCCCCGCCGGCCUCUCGCUUCGUGCUGGGGCUGGACGUGGGCAGCACGGUGAUCCGCUGCCACGUCUAUGACCGGACGGCGCGGGUCCGAGGCUCCAGCGCGCAGAAGGUAGAAAAUAUUUACCCCCAACCUGGCUGGGUUGAAAUCGACCCUGAUUCUCUCUGGGCUCAGUUUGUUGCUGUAAUAAAAGACGCUGUCAAAGCGGCAGGAGUGCAGAUGAACCAAAUUGUUGGUCUCGGCAUAUCAACGCAGAGAGCCACUUUUAUCACGUGGGACAAGAAAACAGGACAUCAUUUUCACAAUUUCAUUAGUUGGCAAGACCUAAGGGCAGCUGAACUUGUAAAGUCCUGGAAUAAUUCUCUUAUAAUAAAGCUCCUGCAUGGUACCUGCCGAGUCCUUCACUUUUUCAGUAGAAGUAAGCUAAUGUUAACGAUCAGCCGCUUCAGGUUCACCACCCAGCAUGUUACCUUAAGACUGCUCUGGAUUCUACAGAACCUGUCUGAGGUGAAAAGGGCAGUUGAAGAAGACAAUUGCUGCUUUGGGACUGUUGACACCUGGCUGUUACACAAGCUCACAAAAGGUUCUUCAUAUGCCACAGAUUAUUCAAACGCCAGUACAACUGGAUUUUUUAAUCCAUUUGAGAUGUGUUGGAGCAAGCUCUUAGCCACUAUAGUUUCCAUACCUAUCUCCAUCCUGCCGCCCGUGAAGGAUACAAGCCAUAAUUUUGGGACAGUGGAUGAAGAGAUAUUCGGCGUGCCUAUACCAGUUGUUGCCUUGGUUGGUGACCAGCAGUCGGCCAUGUUUGGAGAGUGCUGCUUCCAGACAGGAGAUGUGAAACUAACCAUGGGAACCGGGACGUUUUUGGAUAUUAAUACUGGAAACAGCCCUCAGCAUACUAAUGGAGGCUUUUAUCCGUUAAUUGGGUGGAAGAUUGGGCAAGAAGUUGUGUGUUUGGCUGAAGGCAAUGCAGGAGACACGGGUACUGCUAUCAUAUGGGCUCAAAAGUUAGAUCUUUUCACAGAUGCUGCUGAGACUGAGAAAAUGGCCUUGAGUCUGGAAGAUUCUGAAGGGGUUUAUUUUGUUCCCUCUUUUAGCGGAUUGCAGGCCCCAUUAAAUGACCCCUGUGCUUGUGCCUCUUUUAUGGGUUUGAAGCACUCCACUAGUAAAUUCCAUCUUGUCCGAGCAAUACUGGAGUCGAUAGCCUUCAGGAACAAGCAGUUGUACGAUAUGCUGCAGAGGGAGAUCCAGAUUCCAGUCACGAAUAUCCGGGCGGACGGAGGCGUCUGUAACAACGCUUUUGUCAUGCAGAUGACUUCAGACCUGAUUAACGAGAAGAUAGACAGGCCCGCCCACUUCGACAUGUCCUGCUUGGGGGCAGCCACCCUGGCUGGUCUGGCUGUGGGAUUUUGGGCUGACAAGGAGGAGCUACAGAAGCUGAGGCAGAGUGAGAUGGUUUUCAAGCCUCAGAAGAAGUGGCAGGAAUAUGAAGUGAAUAUGGAAAACUGGGUGAAAGCCGUGAAACGCUCCAUGAACUGGUACAACAAGGCGUAAGACUGAGGAGCCGUUGACAGGAUGUGCCCAGGGAGAGGCCCAGCACUGCCGCCCCGACCGUGACCGAGAGAAGAUUCACAACGAGCCUCGAGCCUCGCAAGCCGAGAGAAAAAGCGUUGCUCCUUUUAAAAAAAACUCUCUCUCUCUCUCUCUCUCUCACACACACACACACAAAAUACUUCUUAGUUUUUUUAUACAAAUCUUAGUGAAAUGUUUAGGCUGCGAUACCUCAAAAUUGUGUCUUCUUUCUUCCAGCGGUCUUCAAAGGACACUGUCCACUCCCAAAGCACUUUGAUAGUUGUGAGUCCUCCUCUGUUUUUUUUUGUUUUUUUUUUAAUAUACAGGGUCGGUGGCAGACAGGCCAUAGUAAUUCAGCCUCUGAGAGCUAAUUGUUCUGCAUCAGACACCAUCACAUUUUGUUAGAAAUUAAGAACAAUUUUUCUUACAUUUCAAACGAAGUGGACUAUUUGAAAUCCAGAGUGCUAAAAAGGAGGACUAGCUGAGAAAAUGUUUUAUGUUGAAAGCUGUAGUGCCAUGUUUUCAUAUGAGCUCUUUAUGCCGCUCCCAGAGGGGCUCAUUAGCACUUUCCUUUGUUGAGCGUGAAGACGCGGCCUGCAUUCUUCUAACGGUUGUUUUGUUACUGUUGUCGAGGCAACAGUGCCACUGUGCAGCCCAGGCUGCCUGGAAACAUGAGAGUCUCCUGCCUCAGCCCCUCGGAUUAUGGGAUUGUAGGUGUGCAGCAGCGUGCCUUGCUGAGGACUCAUCAUUCACCGAGGAACGAGUUUUAGUUUGUGGAUAGUGAGCCUGGCUCUGGUAGCAAAUAUUGAGACUUUCAAGGCUGAGGCCAGAGGAGUAUAAGCGUGAAGCCUAUCUGAGCAAUGUGGGGAGUUCCAGGCAAUCUGGGCACAAUAGUGAAGCCCUGUCUUUAAAAAUACCUUUUGUUUUGUUUGAAAAAAGAUCUUAAUGUUUAACCCAUGCUGGUUUCUGACUCUUGAGCCUCCUGCUUUAAUCUCCAGAGUUGUGUAUAGCGGUCUGUUUUUAUAAAGUGCAAGAAGAAGAAGAUUUACAUCAACUUUCUUUAUCUUUUUUGUUGAAAUGCUUGCAUAAAUGUCUCUUUAAAAAAAAAAAAACUACUUGACAGAGUUUAAAUUAUUAUUAGGUUUUGUUGUUGUUUUGUUUUGUUUUUUGGCAACAGAGUUCAUUAUAUAGCUCAGGCUGGCCUAAAACUCCAGGUCCUCUUGACUCAGUCUCCUGAGGAGCUAGGCUUGUAGGCAUGUGCCACACUUGGCAUCAGAGUUUACUGUGACCUAGAUCAUCGGUAACUCAAGAAUUGCCUUCAUGGGUCACUUGAUGUGUGUUUUGGAGUUUGUCUGUCCUGCUCGCUUUUGAGGGUUAGCGGGGGCUGGCUGAUGAAGUAAUGGACGGUGUGCUUGGUAAUGAUUGCCGUAAGCAAGUCUGCUGCUGAGCCAGAGUCCCGCCUUAUGAAGCACUACUGUCCCUGGAAGACUGGGAGGGGCACAUUCAGAGCCUCUCGCUGGGUUAAAAUUGUCCUGGGUUAAAAAAAUCCUAGAGCGGUUGCCGGUGCUGUGUCCUAUUUUACAUCACUUGCCCCUCUCUCCAGGGGAAUUUGGAUUUUCUUGAGUGUGAAUGAACUUGUUCCCAUCUUGGUCAGUAUCACAUAAAAGUGAUACCACUGUGGAGCCAUCUACUUCAUAAUUAUGUUACUGAAGGAACAACUGGCAGAAGGAAUGUUACUGCUGCUGUCAUAUGUCCAUUUGGGAGUCAGUGACGCGAGAAUGAAUAGGUACAUUGAGCUUUCUGCAAAUUAUUUUCCUGAGUUCCCAGUGUCUUCAGUCGUUAAAAAAAAAAAAAAAGUUUCUUAAUGGAAACAUUGUAGCAAACAUGUAGCAUCUUUAGCUCCAUUAACUUUGGAGAGUGAAGACAGCUCAGCAGGUAAAGGCCCUUGUCAUACAAGCUUGCUGACCUGAAUCCAGUCCCCUGACCUCCACAUGGGCAUGGUGUUGUGUGCACAUCCUCCAAAAUAAUAAAAACUCUAAAAAAUUUGGAAAUAUUUUUGUUAGAGGCAUUUUUGUUUACUGCAACAAAUCAGAACUCACAUAGAUAAUCUUAUUCUUCUACAACAUUUUUACACAGCUUUGUGGCCAAUUACAGGUUCUCCCAUCAUGUGAAAGCUGCUUAUUUGAAUGUUUUGCAUAGGUUCUGCUGAUAGGUAUGAUUUCAGGAAGUAAUUCUGUCCUUUUGUCUUAGGGCAGACUGAAUUGUGAUAUUAAUUACUAAAGAUGCCAUUUGCCAUUUCUUCCCUAUGCUCUUCCUAAUGUACAACUUCAGAGUGAAGGAUAAAUAUCUUUUAGAUAAUGUUAAAAACAGCUAAUAUCUCAUUCAAAUUGAGUGUCUCUUAAGAUCAAUGACUCUUCCUCCUCCUCCUCCUCCUCCUCCUCUUCCUCCUCCUCUUCCUCCUCCUCUUCUUCUUCUUCUCUUUCUGUAGAUCUAGAAGCUAAUCUUUUGCUUUUUGGCAUUUCUGGCAAAUUUUAAUGACAGGGCUUAGUGACUCUUGUAAGAGUUAAGUAAAAUCAGAAAUAUGUCAUUUUCUUUUGUGGUUGUAGAAACAGUUGCUAAUCAAAAGCAAUGGAAGAAAAUCAUCCCUUCAUCUGCCUUUUGAAAAUAAUUUUAAUAUGCUAAUAUUUCUUAGCAUAUUUUCUUUUCCCAUUAUAGACCUACCAGGCAUUUUAAGAGAUUGCCAGCAAACUCAGGACAGUGUUCCUGUGCAGCCUGUAUUAAAGUGGUACUAAUUGCUUUAUCUAUGACUUACUGAUCUUCAGAUCUCUUGUUCAUCAGUUUCAGCAUUGAUCUUUGUUUUUGUGAUAUGGUCUCAAGGUGUAGCCCUGGCUGUCCUGGAACUCACUCUUCAGACCAGGCUGUCCCCACACUCACAAGCUCUGCCUGCCUCUGCCUCCCGAGUGCUGGGGUUAAAGAUGUGCCUCCGCACCUUGCAACAUAAACAUUUUGAACUGGAUCUGUCUUUGCUUUGGGGUGCUGUGCUGGAUACAGUAGGAUGCUUGGCAGUCCCUGACCUCCACUGUUCAGCAUUUCCCUGCUUUUUAUGGUUCCGAAAUGCCUGCCAACACUGGCCAUCCCAGGAGGCAAGAAAUCAUUGUCAUUGGAGAACCACUGCCAGCUCUUUGAUACUGGCUAUUAGAAGAAAAAAUGAAGAUUUGGUGAAUACAGUAACAUUUACAAUAUUCCCUUCAUUGUUUUCCCCUAGGAAAUGAUUUUUUGGGGGGGUAUAUAACAAUUCAGGUUGUUUUUUUUUUUUCGAUUUAGUUUAUUUUCUAUAAUUUAUUCACUUUCCAUCCUGAUUGUAGCCCCCUCCCUUGUCUCCCCCGGGUCCCACCCUCCCUCUUCCCACCAAUCCCCUCCUUCAGUUCUCAGAAAGGGGGAUCCCUCCUCCCCUACCAUCUGACCCUAGCCUAUCAAGUCUCAUUAGGACUACUUACAUCCUCUUCCUCUGUGGCUUGGCAAGGCUCUCCACCAGGGGGAAGUGAUCAAAGAGCAGGCAACAGAGUCCAUGUCAGAGACAGCCCCUGCUCAGUUACUAGGGAACACACAUGGAGAUUGUGCUGCCUGUCGGCCACAUUUACUGGUGCUUUCUCAGACAAUUGGGAAUAUUGUUAACUCAAGACCCAGCUGUAUCACUCCUGGGCAUACACCCAAAAGAUGCUUCACCAUACAAAAAGGACAUUUGCUCAACUGUGUUCAUAGCAGCUUUAUUCAUAGUAGCCAGAAACUGGAAAUAACCUAGAUGUCCCUCAACCAGAGAAUGGAUAAAGAAACUGGUACAUUCAUGCAAUGGGAUAUUACUCAGCUAUUAAAAAUAAGGAAAUCAUGAAAUUUGCAGGCAAAUGGAUGGAAGUAGAAAAGAUCAUCCUGAGUGAGAUAACCAGAACCAGGAAAUGAAUUUUUAACAAUGAAAAAAGAGGUAGUAUCCUAAAAUACAGUUUCUGUUUUGCUGGAUAGUGAAGAAAAAAGUAUUGGUUGGUUGUGAUCUCACCUCUCUGGAUGGAUCAAACCUAGAGCCUUGAGCCUGGUAGUCAACUAUUCUACUACUGAACAACAUCCCAGCCUAUAUGUCUCCAUAACAGAUUCUUACGUACCUCAGCUCUACCCCUGUGUGGUCAUACUUAGUGGGUAUUUGGUAUGGCAGAUAUAUUUUGUAGACUCUGUGUCCCUACCCAUUUUUCUGAGACAGGGUCUUACUCUGUAGCCUAGGUAGGCCCGGAACUCAUGGUAGUGCUCCUGCCUCAGCCUCCUGGGUGCUGGGAUUACAGACAUGAAUCACCAAGCCUUUGCUUCACUUUCAUCGCUGAACUAGGAAAGGAUCGCUGUGUCAAACCCUAACUAGAUUUGGUGCUUCCUGAAGCCAAAGCCAUGUUUGCUCCUCCCAGAACUUAACACUGUGCCUUCAUGUUUAUGGAUGGGUUUUUACUUCGCAUUUGUCCUUGAUCUUACAUGUAUUGAUAGUAUCUUGUGCUUGUGGAAAGGGUAGACAUUUACAGCUAGAGUCAUGAUGUUGAUUUAAAAAAAAAGUGUAUAUUUUCAAAUAUAUUUUUAUAGAGAUAUACAGCCACAGGUACACAUGGGUGUAGCAGCUUCUAGUUGCUGGUCUGGGAAUUUACCCUGGAGCCUGGUUCAUGCUAAACAUGCCUAGCUACUUUUGACUUUUUAAGGUAUAGUUAAAACUUUUAUUCACAGGUUUUAGAUACUAGACUGCAGAUAACUAACAUUGUAUUUUAAGAGUGCCUAAUACUCUGGUGCUAUAGAAAAAAUCCCAGUAGUAGCCCCCUGAUUAGGCAAAACACAUAUACUGGGGACCUGUUGUGGUUUUGUUUGUUUGUUUGUUUUGUUUUGAGGGCUUUUUUUCGUUUAGUUGGUUUGGUUUGGUUUUAUUCGAGACAGGGUCUUCCUAUGUAACUAUGGCUGCCCUGGGACGCACUAUGUAGACCAAGCUAGGGUCAAACUCAGAGGUCUGUCUCCCAAGUGCUGAGAUUAAAUGUCCCCUGGAGCCACUUUGUUCUGUUCUGGAGGCUAGAAUUAAUGUAAUUAAUGUAAUAGUACAGCUCAAGAGGAUGGCAAGACUUUUACAGUUCUUUGAAGAGAGAUCACCACUACGCCUCAGAGUCCUCCAACUUUGAACCUGUGGUCAUCCAGAAGUAUCUAUAGAAGGCUUGAAGGGAGUUUAGACUGUGCUUUUCAAAUAAGGAUAAGAAGUUUCAGACACUCCCUGAACUUUUAAGAUUUUCCUGAUUGGGAACCCAAAGCCUGAAGGAGGCUUUGGACUUGGAUAGUUCUGAAGUUCUGUUAUUCUGUUCUUACAGCCUUUCUGUCCUUUGUAUUUUUUUCUUCGUAUCUAGAUAGCUAUUGUGAUUGCUUAGGAAAAACUGACAUAGGGAUUCCAGCUCAAACGGUUCUUAUGUUGGCAGGCAGCUCAGUGUGGUAGAGUACAUGUCUAGUGUCUACAGGGUCCUAGGUUUGAUCCCCAGAGCUACAAAAUAGAAAGAAAAAUAAAGUCUAUAUACAGAGUGGCUGUCCCACUUCAUGUUUCAAACAUCAGUGUGUGAGCAAUCCAGUUUCUCCAUGUUCUCUCUCCAGCGUUUAGUGAUGUUGAAUAUUAUUUCAUGUGCUUUUUGCCACCUGCUUGCCAUCACCUUUUAAAUCUCUGUUGAUUAUCUUUGUCAAGCUGCCAAUUGGAUUGUUUGCUAAACGAGCCAUAUCUUUAAAAAAAAAAUUUUAAAUAAAAUCAGACUUCGGAAGUCAUUAGGUAGGGUUUUUCAAAUCAUUUAAGGCAAAAUGUUUUAGGAUGUCUUAGGAAGGGCUCUUCUGUGCUCAGCACUGCUCAUUACACAGCGCUGGGUGGGUACUGUGAAAAUAAACAAAACAAAGUUUCAAAGGCAACUACACUCAAGAUGUCCAGCAGUGUGUCAGACACAUACUUUGUAUAUAACACUCACCAUGUUUUUAACUCUGUGCAAAAUGGUAUGAUUUAUGUAAAGGUUCAGAAUGAUUUUGUUACAAAUUAAUUAGAAAAGGUGGAUAAAUACAGAUUUGAAUUUUCAUAUAUCGGUAAAUUUAUGGUCUUAUUUCUCUCAUUGUUAUGUCAGUUUUAUUAAAUAUUGAGACUGUCAUAAACCAUUUUAAAGAUCU